GAAUCGCGGAGAAGAUUCAGUGGUGCCUGGACAGCGACCGGGGUGAAAUCCGUUUGCAUAUUUUUCGCGCGUUCUCGUUACACGCUGCCGAAACGUUUGAAACUCACGGGCGGCAUCGAUCAACGAACGUUUCCUUAUAGAAUUCGGAGCUCGGACCACCGUUGGAAGAUUCGUUAGCGAUCGAAGUUGCGUCAGGAGAGGGCUACCGAGGAGCCCAGGGAAAAUCGAGUUAACGUCGAAUCGAGUCCAAUCAGUUGAGAAGGGAGCGACGGGCGAGAAGAACCAGAGAAACGAGAAACGACAAGCAAUAGGGGGGAAAGAAGAAUCUUGGGAGUAAAAAGGAAAGGAAAGAUCGAGAAGAGGAUAUUAGGUUUGUAGAGGAGAUUGGUUAUCUUAAUGGGGAAGGGGGUGGUCGGAUGAUCGGAGUUAGAUUCUUGGUUUCAGACGCCCUCGGCCCACGAUGGCGUCCUGAAUCGUGUUUGGUUCGCGAUCGCGGUCAAAGUACGGGUAAAAGGAGAGGUGGCACGAGGAGAAGCAACGAACGACACCCACCAGCAAAGCAUGGCCGACCUUGAAAGAAUCAGAUUAGUGGUGCUGGGCGGUGCCGGUGUCGGGAAAAGCUCGAUCAUACGCCGUUUACUGGGGCAAGGAUUCACCGAGAGGUACAGACCCACCGUCGAGGACCUUUACUCGAGGGAAUGCGCGCUCGGCACGCUCACGUUCAAGGUGGACCUGUUAGACACCGCCGGAGAUUUGCAGUUUCCGGCUAUGAGAAGACUCAGCAUAGCAACGGCGCACGCGUUCCUCUUGGUCUACGCGACGACCUCGAAGCCGAGUUUCGAGUGUGUCAAACAAUGCUUCGAAGAAGUCAGAGAACAGCGGGCCGAUUUUCAGGAAGUGCCGAUAGUCGUCGCCGGAAACAAGCUGGAUCUCGCGUCCACGCGAAGGGAGGUGCCCAUCGAGGACGUGAGCGAGUGGCUGUUCUGUAAGCUGCCCAAGCUUCGUGCGAAAGCGAUGGAAUGCUCGGCCAAAGACGAUUACAAUAUCAAGGAUGUGUUCCGGUGUUUUAUCACUCUAUUUAAGAUCGUGCCGAAGAGCCACACCGGCGAGACGGACGAAUCCGGCCUGAGACGAAGGUGUUCCGCGUACGGAUCGCGCAGAUCUGGCAGCCCGCACGGCAGAACGGGUGGCACCGGCGGCCCCGGAGGGAAUUCACAGCAAACGGUCGCCCCGCAAUCCUCGACGGUGCUCGCUGGAACGGAAGAGGUGCCAAUAAAGAGCAAACCACGCAGUCGUAGCCUGAUCAGACGCGCCUCCCGGAAAACGAAACAGCAGAUCAGGGAUACUCACACGGACGACUGCAACAUUUCUUAACUCGUUUAUCCUCCUAGAGCUACAUAUACCCUCUUACAACACGCAGACUUGCUCUCUCUCUCUCUCUCCCGCUCCCUCUGAUUCAAAACACAAGAGUGAUCAACAAGAUGUGAUACAAUCGAAUACACUCGCAUCAAAGAAUUCGUAAAAUCAAUCCCAAAAUUUCAACUCAUUUCGAACAAACAUUUACAUUGGAGUAAGAGCGAGAGGUGGAGGGAACGCCGCGUGACUGAUGUAUGCACCGGAACCUCCGGCCAGUUCCGAUGUUUCUUUAUUCAACUGUUACUUCGAUAACCGUUCAACCGGACCGACAAACCAUUCUUCGAUUCUGAUCAAGAUCGAGGCGUGCUAGGCGUGCACUGUCAUCUACGCGUUAGAAGUAGCUGCUCCUAUUUAGUUGCCAGUGCGUGCCUAGGCGUGAACCGUAAACCGGACCGAAAGUGUCCCGACAAACGUCCUUUCCGUCCUUUUCCAUGUUUUUACGGGUCUCGCUCGAUUUCGCGUUGCUUCUUGUGAUUAGAUUCGUGGAAAAAUACGAUCGCCACGGAACGGGUACGGUCCGAAGGAAGAGGGCACAAACAAAUAAACACAGCUGAGAAAAAUCGAAAAUCGAGUGAGCCGUGCAUAAAUACCCGUAAACACGAUUCGUUCCAUCGAACGAGUUCGAGAUUUGCCUUUCGCUUUGAUCCGCGUUCAAAUUGAUCACGUAUUAUUACAAGUUUAUAAUUUCCUAUGAACCAACCGCGCAAACCAGGUGAACGGAAAUACAUCGACGGUAAAAAGAGAACGCGAUACAACCGAUUUAUCGAUUGCACGGACCCUACAAAACUAUUGCUGCAAACGUGAAAUAUUUUUCCUUUUUACCAAACACAUAUUAAUCCUUGUCGUUUUACCUUCGAACGUAUGUAUACACGUAUGAUGUAUGUAUGUAUGUAUGUAUGUACGCAUUCGCGAAUGUACGUAUGGAUGUCUGCUGUGUUUCCCCGUUUGUCGCAUGCGUGCGGCCGCGUGAUCCUCGUACAAAGACACCUGACCAAUUUUAAUAAAUACAUAUUUUACGACUGUCUGUUCGUCUAAACUGUAAGCGCAAAGCAAUUCACUGUACACUUUGAGAAUACAGUUUGUUCUGCUUCGUCGCGCGUACGUGAAUGAUCUCGAACG